ACAGUGUGUUCUUCCAUGCAGAAUCGUAAAGAUGUCUUCUGUUAAGGAGGAAUAUGAGGAUGUCAGCGUCAUGGAAGCGUCUGGACUGAAGAUGGAAGAUGAGGAGAUGGAGACAGGAACAGUAUUACGAAGAGACAUAAAAGAGGAGUUCAAACUGGAAGUGAAGCCAUUUGAGGAAGAAUGUACUGCACAGAAAUCUGACCAAACCACUCAGCAUGAAAGAAGCUCCAGUGAUUCCUCCCAACAAAAAGAUCACCUGAGAAUUCAUACUGGAGAAGAAGCUUUCAGCUGUUCACAGUGUGGGAAGAGCUUCACCUCUGAGAGAGCUCUGAAACAUCACAUGAGCAUCCAUGAAGGACAGAGACCUCAUCAGUGCUCUCAGUGUGAAAAGAGUUUCAAAAGUGCUUCAUAUUUAAAACAACACGAAAAGAUUCAUACUGGAGAAAAGUCAUUCACCUGCUCUGAGUGUGGUAAAGGCUUUUCAACCUCAAGAAAACUUGAUGUCCACAUGACAGUACAUACUGGGAAAAAGCCCUUCACCUGCUCUGAGUGCGGAAAAGGUUUUUUAGCAUCAAGUUACCUUAAAACCCACAUGAUGAUUCAUACUGGAGAAAAGCCUUUCAGCUGCGCCCAGUGUGGGAAGAGUUUUUUGACCUCGGCCCACUACAAAGUCCACAAGAUGAGUCAUACUGGAGAAAAGCCUUUUACCUGCUCAGAGUGUGGAAAAAGUUUUUCAAUGUCAGGCCACCUUAAAACCCACAUGAUGAUUCAUACUGGAGAAAAGCCUUUUACCUGCACUCAGUGUGGGAGGAGUUUUGUAUGUUUAGCAGAGUUAAAAGCACACCAAAGGAUUCACACUGGAGAAAGGCCUUUUGUCUGUUCUGAGUGUGGAAAGACAUUUAGAAUAAAGAGGAACUUUAAAUUCCAUAUGAUGAUUCAUACUGGAGAAAAGCCGUGUGCCUGCUCCGAGUGCGGGAAAAGUUUUUCAAACUCAAGCCACCUGAAAGCCCACAUCAUGAUUCAUACUGGAGAGAAGCCGUUUACCUGCUCUGAGUGUGGGAAGGGGUUUUUAACAUCAACUCUUUAUAAAACCCACAUGAUGAUUCAUACUGGAGUAAAGCCAUUUGCCUGUUCUGAGUGUGGGAAAGGUUUUCCAAACGCAAGCCUGCUGAGAAAUCACACGAUGGUUCAUACUGGUGAAAAGCCAUUCUCCUGUUCCAUAUGCGGAAGAAGUUUUUGUAAAUCAAGCGAUGUUAAAAGACACAUGAUGAUUCAUACUGGAGAAAGGCCUUUUGUCUGCUCGGAGUGCGGAAAAGGUUUUUCUAAAUCAAGCAACCUUAAAGCCCACAUGAUGACUCAUACUGGAGAAAGACCUUUUACCUGCACUCAGUGUGGGAAGAGCUUUUUUGCAUCAUCUCACUAUAGGUCCCACAUGAUGAUUCAUAGUGGAGAAAAGCCUUUUGCCUGCUCUGAGUGCGGAAAAGCUUUCAUAAUGUCAAGCAGUCUUAAAAUCCAUAUGAGGAUUCAUACCGGAGAAAAGCCAUUUGCCUGUUGUAAGUGUGAAAAAAGCUUUUGUAGAGCAAGCGACCUUAAAAGACACAUGAUGAUUCAUACUGGAGAGAAGCCGUUUUCCUGCUCGGAGUGCGGAAAAGGUUUCCCAGACGCCAGCCGCCUGAAAAAACACAUAAUGAUUCAUACUGGCAAAAAGGGUUUUAACUGUUCUCAGUGUGGAAAGACUUAUAAAAGAAAGAAAGCAUUUGACAACCACAUGGCGGUUCACACGUGAUAAAUCAAGUGCGUUUACAUACACUUAAUAAUCUGACAAGUGCAGAAAAUCAGAUUGUGUCAGUAACUGGUUCAGCAUGUUUACACUUAAUAGUCUGAUAACUGUGGAAAAUCUGAUUGUGUCAGUAACUGAUUCAGUGUAACUGCAGAAAAUCAGAUUGUGUCAGUAAUUGGUUUAGUGUAUUUCCGUGCUCUUGGGUAAUCAGAUAAUGGGUAAACUCCAGGUCUACAUGAGUGAAGCAAUAAUCGGAUUUUUGCUUUACAACCAGCCAGAACACUCACAGAAUAAGACGUGAUGUGAACGUAACGUAAAACCCAAACAUCAUGAGCAGCUUUUUUUAAACAUCAAGUCACUUUAGCAGAAAAUAUGAACUUACAUGAACAUCUGUUUAUUAGGAAGAGUAACGUUAGUGGACUCAGCUAAAGCGUUUGGGAAAUGGAGAUUGAAACUGGGGAGCAGCAACACUCUGAUAAACAGCAGGGGACGCUCUCACAGUUUUCACAACUUACAGUUUAUCACACUUUAGUUCUGUUUGACCUUUUUUACAUCAGUAACAGCAGCUUAACUCACAUUUUAACAUUAUUUUGAUGAUGUGUUUGUUUCAGCUGUGUGUGUUUAUGAUCGGUUGUAGGGAAACAGACAUGACAGCUGAUUGUCGACUUUGAUGGAGAAGGUGAAGAUUUCCUGACUAGAGAUAAGAUGCUGUAAGAUAAGAUCAAAUUCUUGAUCUCUCAGAUCUUAGGACUGAAAGAGAGGAAGUUUCAGAUCUCUUUGCUGUAUUGUUGUGUCCAGAUGACAGUAUAUCCAGUCUUGGAGGGUGUUUUUGUACUUUUCAGGAGCCGUGAUCUUCAUUCUGACAGCUGCUACGGUGCUGAGAGAGACCCCUGUUGGACAGACAGAACCUUGGUUUAGUUGUUAUUCCUUUUCCUUAAAGUUGCAGGGAGCACAGAGUAAAAUAGUAAAAAUGUUUGUGUGAUAAAUUUCAGCAUUCUAUUAUUCAUCCAGCAAAGCUUGAUUAAAAAGUAUAAGAUAAAAAUACGAUAAAACACAGCUUAAAACCCACUGAUUAGACCUAUCUGAGAAUUGUGUGGGCGUGGCUAAUGAGCAGCUUGAUUGACAGCUCUCUGUCCAACAGUCCUAGACUGCUCCACCCCUCAUAUAAAAUUAGCAUCAUUGUCCAGCUUUUAUGUGACGCUAACUGGACGAAAAAAGUCACGGAUAAACAAACGGACGAAGCAAUGCGUGAAUGAAGGAACAGACGAGUGAACAAUGUUGGUGGUGGAUAAACGAAUGAACGGGCGAAGCUAAAGACAGGUGGUCUGGCUCACUAGCUUUUGGUUAUGCUGGUUUAGCUUUAGCUUGCUAAGCUUCUCUGACUUGGAGACUGUUCUGUGUGGGCAGGGCCAGAGACGCAGCCUUUUGGUUGGUCAGGCGAAUGCUUACGGAAGCAUUGUCAAGGGUUAGGACCACCCAGUUUACACAGAGAGGAGUGAAGUAUGGUGAAAUAUAUCAGUCAUUUAUUGGUCAUUGGAACAUUGUUCAAAGAUUGAACUUGAGCAGCUUUUCCACCGCGUGGUACAGCUCGACUCAGCUCAGCUCGACUCGAUGCAUCUCGCUUUUGGUACCAGCAACUUCUUAUUCCAUUGCAGAUAUAGUGCCCCCUCAAUGUAGCUGGUUGUCAUAGUGAAUGAAACUCACUUUUUCAGACUACUGAAAAAAAACAGGAGAGUUUGGGAAAAACUACAUCAGAUUUCAGACGACAAGACGAUUCUGGCUGCUCAAGGGCGACACGAGUCUACGCUAACCUGGUUGCUAAUGUUAGCAUAUGUGUUUAGCAAUUCUCUCCGAUCAAUCAGUAGUCUGUAGCGUUUUAUGUCGCCUUUUGAUAUCGGCUAAACUCACUUGGAACCUUGACGGAGACGGUACCAAGUACCAGCUUUUGCUAAAGUUCGGGUACCAUGCAGUGUAAAAGCGGCUUUACUACAUGUUUACUGUUUGCCUGCAAGAACAAGAUUAACCUAAUUAGAAAGUAAACACAAAAUUAGGUUUUCUGGGUCUUGAAGUUUGACUCUUCUUUGUUUAGCAGUGUUAAUGGUGACGCUUCAUUUACGGCAGUCCAACAAAUGCAGUUUACGAACUUCCUAAGAUCCAGAACAGAACAUUAAGGAACACCACCAGGUUAUUUACAGCAGGAUUCUGAUUCUCAUGAGAAAAGCAGCUGUCUUGUUAUUACAUUGCUGUGAACCCUGGAUCUCCUGAACUCUCCUUUGUGAUGGAGACGCAGGAAAAAUGGAGACUACAAGCCCAUAACCUCAGCGUGGCCUCCGCACGCGACAUAAAGUCUCAUACAGACCAGAAGACUGAAGUCGUCCAUAUUAACUCCUGACCUUUUUCAGAGACUUUAAAAGAUUUAAGGACUCAUGCUGACUCACGAAGACAGACUGAUGUGAGAUGAGAACUUGUUUAUGCUCGUCUACCAGCUAUUCUAGCCGGCACGGUGGAACCAUCCAUGGUCAUCUAAGCUGAAAAAACACUAUUUUAAUGUGACACUGCCCUUACAGCGCAUGUUGGGUCAUUAGUAGUAUAUUUUUCUUUUCCUCAAGGACCAAUCAUGGAUGGAACGAUGGCUCUGACUUUAAUAUAGCAAUUAAGAAGUCACUCCUUUAAUUUGAAUUGAGGUAAAAUCGAUUAAGAGCAGAGAACCUGCUGUUAUUUCAGUGCUCUGCUUUACUUUCAGUUUCAUUUUUGAACUUACUCAUCUGAGAUGUUCCUUUUUUUCUUUCUUUCUUUAUUGUUUUAGAUAAUUCUCUGUUCAACUGUAAUACUGAAUUGAUUUUUCAAGUAAAUUUUUAAUCUGAACUUUGAAA